AUGAACGAAAAAUCCCGAUUGAACCUUAUUCUCAAGUGCAUUGCCUAUACCAAAGAGCCCAAGAUUCUCAUCCUCAUAAAUCUGCUAGAGAUAGCAUGGAAGGCAGCCUGUAUAGUGCAUUCAGAUAAGUUCUCUUUUUUUGUUGUCAACAAUGAGACCAUAGAUACCAUAAAGGGCGAGGACUCUGCGGAGUUUGCUCAGGAAAUUACAAGGGCUCUGUCCGAGACGCGCAACAAGCUUGAAUGCCUUGAGAGGCAGAUAUGUGGAUGGUAUAUAGAUGCACAUAGGCUGGCUGAGGACGAGCUUGGAGAGGAGGCUAUGAUGGAGUUCUAUCAGUAUGUCGGGAGGGAGUUUAAGAAGAUGUUUUCACAGUCGUAUCAUGCCAAUGAGCCGUCUAGGGAUGACAAGAGUGUCUGGGGAGAAAAGCUUUUUCGCACCAUUGAUGCAUGUAAUGCAAAGGAGGCAAACCAGAACCAAAAGAUCGACAAAUGGAUAAGGAAGUUCAAGGAAGAGUUUCUCGGCUCGGAGUAUGUCAGGUUCAUAAGUAGAAACAAAAUCGCCUACACAAACUACGCCUUUGAGAAGCACAAGAAAGUGAUCAGGAGGAUCCUUAUGGAGGGCGAGUAUAAGGGACAUCUCUUUAAUUUCCGCGCUCUGCCCCGGUGCUCUAGCUUAAUACUGCGUCUUAUUAGCUAG